AUGCAAGAAUCACUCUCGUCCCUUCUUUGCAGCGAGACAUGGCACUAUGACUCUGACUACGCGAACCACAUCAUCUUUCAUGAGAACGGCACAGGCAAGUUAAUAUGUCGCACGGAGCUCAAUGUCUGGAUCGCCGCCGAAUUUGACUGGCAGCCACACGACCAACAAGCAUUCAGCCAAACGGUCGACAUUGCCAAGUAUGACAGCUCGCCAGCCAGCCUUCAGACAACAAAAGUCGACAUGACGCUCACGCAGCGCCGCAUCCCGAAGCUCGGGAAUGUGGACAUGAGCAAGUAUAAAAUAAACGAGUCGUUACUGGUGGAAGCCGCCUUUCAGCCAAAAACGUACACGUUUACUCUUGAAAAGGGAAACUUUUUUACACCCUACGACGCUCAGUCUCCGGAGGGCUUGACGGAAUUCACGCCGAGGUUCCAGCUUCGUCUGACAUUUGACACGUCGCCGUACCCGCCGCGGGAUGAGUGGAAGAAGCCGGAGGAGGGGCCGGACUCGAUCAAGUUUUGGGAGUGGAAGCAGUUUUGUGGGCGAAGGUUAGGGGAUCAAUGA